AUGGGUGCCCAAGCGUCAAAACAAGCUGUGCGACGAUUGCCGAAAGAAGUUCGACGCGAUCCUGCUGCUAUCCAUGAAUAUCCCACAGAGACACCUUCUUCAUUACGAGAGUCAGCUGCUGAUCUUUUGGAAGAGUUUCCCGAGCAAGAGACACGCGAUCCACAACUUGACAAGAAUCUACGAGAACUUGGCCCUGUCAAAGUCGAGCAAACAAUGACAAAAAUGCGAACAUCCGAUCCUAUGCUGCAUAUCAUGCGUGAACGACAACGUAUCGAGGAUGAGGAAGAGCGACGACCCGGCACUAGCAUUGACGUGAUUUUCUCUGUUUUGGAAAGACGUAAACGCUUUGCGCCUGGCGAUCUCGAUAAACCGGAUACAUGGAAUGAACUUGAAAAGAGCUAUCAACUUGAUCAACCUACGCUCAAAACGCUCUACAAGUAUUACAACACGAUGGCUGUACUUCCCGCACAUCCCGAAGAUCAAAAGAAACGACGACAUGGUAUUUGGGUGAAUGACAAGCAGGAAUGGAAAGCGGCCUUGGAUAAAGCCAAUACACGCAUUGAAGAAUACAAAAAGCAACAACAAAGGGAAUCUACCAUGGACACUUCAUCAUCAUCGACACCACCCCCAUCAUCAUCAUCAUCCUCUACAAGUCCCAAAUCCGCUCGAGAAAAGAAGUUAGAAGAAUUGUUUGAAGAUUAA